GCUGUAGUAAACAAUCGGGAAAAAGCUUUCUUGAAUUAUGUUUUAUUCCAAAUUACAGUAAAUUAAAAGCAAUAAUUUUGGUGCUUUUACAAUCAUUUCUGUGCAAUUUUUAUGUGUGACCCAAAUCAUUAUGCUGACACAGCUCUUUUGACUGUUCUAUCCAGUUAACGAUAUUAUAAAAUUGUGAUUUGAUUUGUAUAAUAUUUGAGGUCGCUGAAAAUUCAUUUACUAAAAAUGGAACCUGACGAAAGACAGUUGUUUAACAAUGAAACACCAAGCAACAAAGAUGAUCGGAUCUCGAAAAAAGUGAAAAUGAUCGAUUUGCUUCCGCAAUUAGCAGCUAGUUGCUUAAUGUAUUCACUUGUCAUUCAAGCAGGCAUUAACAUGUCAUUUGCAUCGGUAUUAAUUUCGCAAUUGGGCGAUGGAAAUGAAAUAAAAAUGGAUACAAAAACUGCAUCAAUUAUCGGGUCAAUCUGGUCGAUUUCAUUGCCUUUUGGUGCUAUUUCCUCUGGAUUUCUAAUGGAUAAAUUUGGUCGACGAAAGAUUGGAAUGUUUCUUUGUGUUCCCUUUUUCCUCGCGUGGAUUUUAGUAAGCGUGUCACAAAGUCUUACUCAAAUUUAUUUAGCGAGAAUAUUGGCUGGAAUAUGCUGUGGAUUAACAGCAGUCAGUGUAGUUUACAGCGCAGAAAUCAGCUAUAAAACAUUUAGAAGCUCCUUAUUAUGCAUGAAUUCAGUUUGGGUGUCUUUCGGAAUUUUCUCAACUUAUCUACUUAAUUAUUUUCAUUUAAACUGGCGAUUUAUCGGAUGGAUUUAUGCCAUCGUAUCACUUUCAUCAAUGAUUCUAAUUCUUAUUGUCCCGGAAUCACCUCAUUGGAUAUUGUAUUUUAAUAGUAAGUCAUCAGACGAACAAAAGUAUUCGCAAUUGAAAUCAUGUGUUGCAUGGAUUUAUCGAAGUCCAAAGAUUGCAUCCGUACAAUAUGACGAAUUAAUUCAGAAUUAUGAGAGACAUAAUGAGGAACAGAGAACAAAUCAAAAUGAACAACAGCAUUGGAUAAAUGGCAUCAAACUGCCUCAGGUCUAUAAGCCAUUAAGUAUUCUCAUCAUAUUAUUUCUGUUACAACAGCUGUCGGGAGGGUAUAUCCUCAUUUUCUAUACAAUAAAUAUAUUCAGAAACUUGGGCAAUGAAUUUUUGACGACUGUCGAUGAAAAUUUAGCAUCCUUAUUGCUUGGAACGAUUCGAUUAAUCAUGGCUAUUAUUGCUGCUGUUUUAUCACAAAGGUGCAAUCGUAAGACAUUGCUGUAUGCUUCAACAAUUGGAAUGACAUUAUUUGCAUAUAUGGCAGCUAUUAAGAUGUGGAACAGUGAUCAUGCUGGACACUCAUUCUUCUCAAAAAGUUCUAAUACUUCUCAAGUUGUGCCUUUGGAAACUGAAGCAUCGAAUUUUGGAAAUUACUUCCUUCUAACCUGCAUUCUUGCUUAUAUUCUUUUUGCAUCUUUGGGUAUCUUGAUUAUUCCAUGGACAUGCAUCGCAGAACUUUAUUCUAUCAAGUAUAAAGCAAGUUUUGGUGGAUUAACAGUCGCCAUUGCUUACAUUCUUAUGUCUGCGGUGCUUAAAAUAUUUCCCUUUAUGAUUGACUCUCUUGACAUUUACGUAAUAUUUUUCAUAUUUGGGACAUCAAGCUUAUUAUGCUGUAUAUUUGUAUAUUACUUCUUGCCCGAAACACACCGCAAAACAUUUUCAGAAAUUGAAAAUUAUUUUAUAGGUAGGAAUCAGUAGGAUUUAGUUCCAAUUAUAGAAAUUGGUUAGACUGCUUAAGUAAUAUUGGAUUCAAGGCAGUUACGGAAUAAAAAAUUAGAUUUGUAUUUAUUGGUAUUUAUGGCAAGCUAUUGUGUUUUUAUUAAGUACAUUUUAAUACAAAGCAUUUCAGUUCCUUUAUCGAGUAUGCGCUUCAAUCAUCCAAGUACACGUGCUUCCUCUAAACAGGCAAGAUGCUUGCUCAAUAUUAAAUCACCUACAUGCAUUGAAAAAUCUUUGGGGCGUUUUGACUUUCUUCCUUGUAACAUUUAAUGACUUUUUUGGAUCAAAUAAAGGAGGAGUGAGUGGAUGAUAUUCGUGCAAUAUGUUUUACCUGUGAGAAAUGAUGUAGAAGUGCUUACAUAAUGCUGAGCUCAGCAAAAAAAUAUCAA